AUUUCAUGACUGAGAGCAUGAAAAGGGGUAAUAACCCCUCUGCACAUUCUGAGAAAGAUUACUUUUCUGUCUGGACUUUGAUAAUUUGCACUAAAAUCCUUCAACAAGAGAAUUCUUCUGCAUGGGCAAAAGUAAUAAGUAAAAUACUUAGUGAUGUAAUACUUUUUCUAGUCUAGUUAGCCAGUGUUGCUGUUUAAUAGCACUUUGAAGCUCAGUUAUCUUGCAGAGAAACAUUACUAGAGUAAAGCAAGUAAUUGUAAUUUUGAAUUCAAAACUCUCUUAUUUUUCAUCAUGGAGCAUAAUAAGCACUCGUUCUUUUGUUUGCAAUUUGUAACUUCUGUUAGUGAGAAUCCAGGACUUUAUGGGAGUCGGGUCACAUGCAGCAGACCGGGAAGACAUUAAGAAUGGUAAAUGCUUAGGGGUUUUACAGAAGUGCCUCAUGUGAUACCUUCUAUUCUAAGCUUAGGUUAAAAUUAGAACUAGUCUGACAUUGCAUUGGAGCCUGAGUGAGAGUUCUAAAUGGUUUUGGUAGUACAGACAAGAUUCAUAAUUUAUUUCUGCUCCUGCCCAGAAAGCAAUGAGCCACAGAAAAGCUGAAGACACCAAAUAAUUGAGCAGGCCUACAAGAAUUUUCAAAGAGGGAUCUGAAGAAUUUAAAAAGCCUUUUCUUAAAGGUAAUGCAUUACUAACUGUAAAAUAUUUUAUAAGGAGUUAAACUAUGAAGAAAAUUAAUGCAAAUAAAGUAUACUAAUUUAUUUCCAGCAACAGUUCAGUUUCUUCUAAAGUGCAAAACUCUUUUAGUUACAAGUACUUCUACCAGGAUGCAGCUACCAGGAUUUAACUCCUUUAAAUUGCAACUAAGAGCUUAAUUUCUUCCUGGGAAGGGAAUGAACGUUCAUAUCUGCAUUUAGUAAGUAUGGUCAGUACUCGGCCUACCAUUGGAAGGAACUGAGAGCAGCAGUUGUUCACUGACUAGGAAUGCAGAGAGAUGGCAAGAAUACCAUUUCCUAUUAUAAGAAAAUGUAACAGGGUGCAAUUAUAUAUUUUUAUAAGGAGCAAGCAGUUGGUAAAAUUAUGUCAGCUCUAUACAUUAAUUACAUUUAAUAAUAUAAUAAAGUGGGUAUUGCAGUAUUUUAGUUUUCAUGUCACUGUCUCCAUCUGGUAGCUGAUACACACACUAAUGCAUCGAGCCUGAAAUUCAGAGUCAGAUUCCUGUGGCUGAAUCUGAACAUGUAAGGAUCAUGACUGAAACUGCAGUUUGUGUUGGAACGUUCACUGCUGUGAAGACACUUUGGGAAGUGAGAAUACACAAGAUAAAUGAAGAAUUACAGAAGGAAAAAGAGUUCAGACAGAGGUCUGCAGGAAGGCUACUACUUGUCUGGGAGGAGAGAGCCGCUUUAGCAAGGCUCAAAGAAAAAGUUAUUAAUGAAGGUGGAAGAGCAAUUUUAAGGAUAGAGGAAGAAGAAUGGAAGACACUACCUUCGUGCUUAUUGAAACUAGUCCAUCUCCAGGAAUGGCAGCUUCAUAGAACUAGCUUGCAGAAAAUUCCUCAGUUCAUUGGAAGAUUUCACAACCUUGUUGUUCUGGAUCUAUCCCGAAACUCAAUUGAAAAUGUACCUAAAGAAAUUGGCCAGCUGACUAGCCUCCAAGAGCUGCUUCUCAGUUACAAUAGAAUCAAGUCUGUUCCCAAGGAAAUAAGUAACUGCAUCAGUCUGGAAAGACUGGAACUGGCUGCCAACAGGAGUAUCUGUGAUCUUCCUCCUCAGCUUGGUGAUCUAAAGAAGCUUUCACACAUAGAUCUGUGUAUGAAUCAGUUUACUACCAUCCCUUCAGCUCUUCUCAACAUGUCAAAUCUAGAAUGGUUAGAUAUGGGGGGAAAUAAACUCCAGGAGCUUCCUGAUGCAAUUGACAGAAUGGAGAAUCUCCACACUUUAUGGCUCCAAAGGAAUGAGAUAAACUCUUUGCCAGAAACCAUUGGUAAUAUGAAAAAUCUUAGUACUCUUGUUCUUAGCAACAACAAACUUAAGGAUAUUCCAGCUCGUCUGAAGGACAUGACAAAUCUGAGAUUUGUCAACUUCAGAGACAAUCCACUGGAGUUAGAGGUAACACUCCCUCCAUGCGAGGAUACAGAAGAGGAAGACCAACAGGAAAUGUUUGGCAUUGAAUUCAUGCACAUGUAUAUCCAGGAGUCACUCAAAAAAACAGGUAUGGCUUUUUUACGAAUUCUAAUCUCUCUGGAGUACAGUGACACAGGGAACAAUAAACCAGAUUAAAGGAAGCUAGGAUACAUAUACAAAUAAAACAGGAAUAAUCUUAAUAAAUAUAACAUCUUAGUAAAAAUCUGUUUACAGUUUUUUCAGAGGGCAGGGUUGCUUUUAUCAGGAGCUGGCACAGUAGGUCUUCACAUGAACAGCAUAUACAUCUAGUAAGUACAUACUGGAACUGUGGAACACUGGAAUAAACAUGCCUAAGUUGCCUACAGCCUGGGUAACUGGAAGUUGAUGACUGUCUCUUGUACUUGAAAUUUAAUCAGAGUUUACAUAGUGUGGGUCUUCCAGCACUGUUUGUCUCAUGAAGCUCAACCUUCCCUAUUUUUAGAUGUUGUCCAGAUGGGGACUACCAAAGGAGGAUGUAAGGGAGAGAGCCUACGUUCCCAACAUACAACAUUUUUAGCAAUGAAGUAUCAAUGCCUGAUAUAAGCAGAUGUUUCUCACAACUUGCUUUUGCUGACCAAAAAUCCAGUGACCUAAACAAACCCCCCCCCCCAGUUUCAUCCCAUUUCUAAAUCACUCUGAUAAGAAAAUGCUGUUACCAGUCUCAAAGGUAAUAGCUUAAAGGCUAUAGUAAGAGACCAAAAAAAAGCACUUGAACAGAUGUGCAUGUA